CUUUUGAGAGUAUAGUUAUAUGAUUGAUGCUGAUAAGUGUAAGCAGUAAGCAGGCUAUUAAUUAAUGCCAUCAGUGAACAUUUGCCAGUUUUCCUUAUCUAUGACUGUGAUUAUGGGAAAGAUAAGGUUGCCAGUAAAUUAAAAUACAGGUAUGAGUAUUAUUCUGUGGCUAGUUACUUUGGACUGUAUAGGUGCUGGAUGAGUAAGAGCGAAGUUCCCCUUGGGAUGUCAAUCAGAACACACAGGACGGUCAGAUGCAGUUAACUCUUCUUUACUGCUUCUCAUGUAACACAACAGCACAGUAUUGCAACCAUUUGGGCUUACAGGUGCAGAGUUGAAGGAGGUGUGGGUGUAUGUGGUCUAUAACAGAAACAAAGUGCCAAACAUAAUAAGAAUCAGACAACCUAAUAUAUUCAAUAUAUGAAUAUAUGCUAUGGCACAUAUAAGCCGAUCAACACAUGAACAGGGAGAAGAUAAUCUGCAGGAUCCUUCUGCUCAUCAGCCUGACCUCCUGUGUCUGUGGGAGAAGAUGAUCUGCAGGAUCCUUCUGCUCAUCAGCCUGACCUCCUGUCUCUGUGGAACAUUUGUAGUGAAAGUGACACAGACCUCCUAUCAGGCAGAGGAGAACGACAACAUCACACUGGAAUGGAUGUUUACAACCAAACCUGACAGUUCCUCCACUUCACUUAACAUUAUCUGUCAACUGUUUACUGAUGUUAAAACCUUGAUCCUGUAUCAUGUACAUGAGGGUGUUGAGGUCUCAGAGUCUCAGGAUGGACAGUUUGCAGGACGAGUUCAGUGUGACAAAGACGCCCUCAGAGAAGGACGAAUCAGACUUCAUGUGUCCAGACUCAGGACUGAUGACUCGGGUCUUUACCUGUGUGACGUGAAAACAGAUUAUGGUGAAAGCUCUGGCAGAUGUCGACUCAAUGUCACUGCAGCUGUUGAUCAGCCCAAACCUCAGAAACCUACUGUGAGACCACAACCAGAGAGUCGGGGAAGGAUCAGCCUCUACGUUGGACUGACAGCAGCUUUCUGUGCUGGACUCUACUCUGCCUUCAGACAUCGUUCUAAACCUGAUGAAAGAUGAUGAACAUAGUUACAUUUUAGGCAGCAUAAACCUGUAGGACUAAAAACCAUCACAUUUCCUAUUUUAUGUUAUUGUCAGCGUAUUAUUUACGUUGAUCUAAGAUGGUGCUUUACACUAAUGCAACUUAUAUUAUAAUAAAUUCCACACUGCAUUUACUGUUUACACUAUGAACAUUUACACAUUCCAGGUCAAUAUUUUCUACAUUUCAUUUCAUUUUCUUCAGUUUACAAUUUAAAGCCGUGGCAGCUCUUCUCAUUCAUAUUUUACAUAUAUUUAUUGUAAACUUCCUUCUUUUUUAUAUUAUUUAAUUACUUCAUUUUGGAUAUGUUUGAACUGUUAUGGAACACAUCAUUAAGGCAAAAUCCUUGUAUGUGCAAAUUUACUUGGCAAUAAACCUGUUUCUGAACAUGUUUUUAUUCCUCUGCAAAGCAUUUCUUAACUCUGUGAAACACUUUCUGACUUAAACACUUUUUUUACAGUUGUGUAACAGAUGUUUGAUGUUUGUCUAAAUCCCUCUUUUUCAUUAAUAAUUUGUUUGUUUUUUUAACUUUUGACAUCUUCAGCUGUGCAGCAGAUUUAAAGGGAUUUAUUUUCAUGUACAUGAACUCUAAAUGUUUGAAUGAUGUAAUGAAUCAGUCCUCUGGGAACCUUGUUUGGUUGACAUGUAAAAGACCUGAGUUUCUUAUGAAGAGCAGAAUAAAGUCCAGCAGGUAACCAGA